AUGUUGUUGCCGAAAAGUAAGUUAAUAACCACACUAGAGUUUAUAUUGUUACAAGAAUUUUUUUCUUCUUCUUUUAGCACCUUCGAGUGGUGUGACUAUCGCUAAUGUUACAGCAUUAAACUCCACGUCGUUGAAAAUCACCUGGGAAGCUGUUGCAAGUGCAAACGAAUCAAUAACAGGAUACACUGUGUGUUACUCGUUAAACGCGUCCGUUAAUUGUUCAAAUAGCGAUCAGAAAACCGUGGGUAAUGACACAUUAAGUACGAUUAUAACGGGACUGAAUGUAUUUACAAAGUAUUACGUAGCAGUCAAAGCUUCUACAGCAGCAGGUGCUGGACCUCUCGGAGGAGAAAUGGAAGGUACUACGGACCAAGCCG